GAUCUCAGAUUUGUUGACCAGAUUAGUGGAGGCCUAAACACGAGUCUGUUCUUUUUUAACCUGAACCACGAUUAGGAUCCAAGACUGUCCUAUCAGCAGCCCCGGGUUUCCUUCUCCUUUUUGCUUUGCUUGCAGCUGCCAAAGGGUCAGAUGCUGGCCCCUAGUCACACUGACCUUGUUGCUAAAUGGAAUUUAAGUGUGCUUAGUCCAGGCUGGGAGAGUACUCCGUCUUCGGGAGGAUAGUAGAGGGAAAUGCAGUUAACACUCCUGCUUGGAAGAGCGGUUAGACAUGAAGAAGGGACGUUGGUGAGAGAUCUGAAUACAUGCUCCCCUCUCUACACGGAGACUAUGCCUUCUCUCUAAGGGUUUCCGAAGACAUCUGUCGAGUAAAGGAGAAGAGAGGGAGGGGCUACGCUGAGCCUGAAGAAGUGUCCAGGAGCUCUUCUCCGAUGCCACAUGAAGCUGCCCCUCAGCCCCAGCACGGAACCAGUGGCCACGGAGCCCUUGGGGAUGGCUUUGCUCAGCAGCAUCCUGGCAGCCUGGUCCUAUAUCUCAGAAAACCCUGAGCGAGCUGCUCUGUACUUUGUCUCUGGUGUGUGCAUCGGCCUGUUCCUGACCUUGGCCGCCUUGGUGAUGAGGAUCUCUUGCCGCACAGACUGCCAGCGGGGUCCUCGGAGGAGGUGCUUGCAGGACCGCGAGAGCAGCAGCGAUAGCAGCGACAGCGAGGAUGGUAGCGAGGACACAGCCUCGGACCUCUCAGUGCGCAGACACCGCCGCUUCGAGAGGACUUUAAACAAGAAUGUGUUCACCUCUGCAGAGGAGCUGGAGCGCGCACAGCGGUUGGAGGAGCGCGAACGCAUCAUCAGGGAGAUCUGGAUGAACGGGCAGCCUGAGGUGCCGGGCACCAGGAGCCUGAACCGCUACUACUAGGGCUCAGUGUGGAACCCAGAACCUCUGCAGACCACACUGAAAAGAGAGUGGGUUCUGCAGGCAGGGACGAUGUGCAUGAAGCCAGCUCUGUUAAUGUGGCCGGAGAGUACAUAGCGCCAGCCUUGCUUUCCCAAGGGCAUGGGGGUUUGCUCUAGAUUCUUGCCUCUGAAGAAACAGACAACCCAGGCAGGGGCAUCUGACUUUUCAGGUCUCGACAGCCACCUGGGCACACCAGCCCUAUGCUUCUAGGUCUUGGAAAGGUGCUGAGAAUUUCCUCUCCAACCACGUGACAGCAAUGGGACAAACUGUCCUUCCGAAGAGCUCAGAAGUUUGGACAGACUUAUCCUGUGCUAUUCCUUUACAAAAGGAAAAAAAAAAAUCUCAUAGCUGGAGAGCUGGGGCAUCAGGGUGACCAUAACCCAGAAAAUGUAAUUUUCUAAAGGACUCCAUGUAGAGGAAAUGGUUUUGAUUGAGAUAGCAUGAUCCAUGCUAAUUAUUUAAAGCUAAUUUUUAAAAUGAAAAAAAAAAAUCUUGGCAACCUCUGCAUUUUAACUGACACCUCAGGGAUUAAAAUCCUAUUUUUAGUCUAGUCCCCACCUCAUUCAUGAAGAUGAAUAGAACUUACUGUAUUAUGAGAUAUAUUGAAGACUUUAGGAUACAUCAAUAACCUCAGAGGAUAAAGGGUUUUAUUUUUUAGUAGUUUAUAAAAUAUAUAUUGACAUGUGUAUUUGAAAAUGCUGCAUAAAAAUAGAAACCGUGUGUCCUUCCCUUUUGGAGAGAGAAAAAUCUCGUGACUUCAGAGACUCAUGAUAUUUAAAUAAUAUUUUGUUUAAAAAAUAGUUUGGAUUUCCAAGAAAAGAAUGGAAAACCAGAGGUGAGAAUUAAAUCCAAAAUUAGAAUGGUAUCAAAAAUAAACAUUCCAUGAAAAUCU